GAUGCUAUACCUACGCAAGAUUAACCCGGCCGAGACUGCUACCGGGAUAACAACUGUGAGAGGUGACAAGUGACCGUAAGUGUGACAGGGAAGUCGUGUUCACCGACAGUCUCUUAUCAACCCAACUCAAAUCCAAUAAUAUGAAUCCCAUCAUGCCCCACUAACGCGACACCCACCCACUAGCUAUGUCUGUCUCACCACAACCUCCAAUGAACUCCCCCACUCUACCAUCUCCAAAUGGAAUUAUAAAUAAUCAUUCCAACGCUCAACUAGCAAAUCUACUUCAUCAAAGUUACUGCGACAACGACAGGCUCACAAAAGAAUUAAACAAUACAAAGAAACGUUCCGAAAAAGCAGAACGUCUACUCUCAGAAUUUCAAGCUGCCACCGUUAACGGUGCUCCACUCACAGCAGAGGCACGCCGUGUCAUCGAAGAUGCUGAGGCACGUGUUGCCCAUGCUGACAGACAAAGAGACGAGGCAGAAGCACGCAGACGCGUUGUUCUCGAGUCUUACGAAGAACUUAACAAAUAUCUCGCAGCCAUCGAAUCUCGAGCUGCAGAUGCACGGGCUGGCUUUCAACGAAUUCUAAGGGAUGCAGGUGGUCAUCUCGUCUUAACCCCAAUCCCAAAUCAAAUUCAACAAGAGCCCAUUCACACACCCUACUCUGCCAAUCCUAGCAUCACCGUAGAACCCCCACCACGUCCAUAUCAUCGAUCUCAUCGCUACACUUCAUCACUUAGUUCAACUGCUCUUCCUCCAGGUCCACUCCCCCCUCCCCCCUCCACUCGAGGAGUACGUCCUCGAUCAGGAAGCUUCGAUGACCCUUCUUAUCUCAUCGCACAAGUUCAGCCCCCUUCCAAACGACCACGCAAUGACCGUGGUGAAUAUGACCACAGGCCCCCUCUCUCCGCUAUCUCCAUGUCCCGCGGUCGCGUUUCCGACCUCGAUCCCCACCCUCAACAGCUUCCCCACAUACAGCACCCCCAACACCCUAAUCACCACCUCACCAUCCAUCCCACUCAUAAAUCUCACUCUCGCUCCAGCAGCCGCUCUAGUGUCCGUGCUACUUCACAGGACAUCGAGGAUCUCCUCCUCGACGCUGCUACUGAUGAAAGGAGCGCUCUCAACUCACAGGUAUCCCCUGUAGGUCCAUUGGAUCAACCUGGCGAACUCAGGACUUAUCAGACCCAUAUUUUUGCGCCCCCUGUAACGGGUGCCCCCCAAAAGAAGGGCAAACCAGGUUCCAGCGCAAAUAUCGCUCACAACGGAUCCCCACUAACACCCCCCAAUGCGAUCGUCCCUACCAUCGCACCAGUACCCCCGCCCGCUAUCCCACCCACUACCUCCUUUCCCCCCACCAACGCUGUCGGCCAACGCAUCUGCCGCCAAUGUGGUUUACCAGGGCGCUACAAAGAUAGCAAGUGCGUCGAAAAAUGGGGCCCAGGGCCAGAAGGCCCCGGUACCGUAUGCGACCGCUGCAGAAAAAAAAUGAAGCGGGUCGAACGGCGGGGAACGACCGAUGCCAAUGUGGGUGGCAGUGGCAGCAGCGCCAGUGCCGCGCGAUUGCACCGUACGGAUACCAUUCCUGUCGGUCCGAUUGGUGGAACACAGAGACAGACGCAGACGCAGUCGCAGAUCUUUACAGGCUCAGCCUCAUUUAUGGCGCCUUCUGCGCCUUUACAGGACAAGAAACGCGGUGGUGGAUCUGCAAAGGACCGUGAACGAGAGAGGGAUCGGAACCGAGAACCGCCCUCUCCACCUGCGAUCGCUACUCUACAGACCACGGACGACGAAGAUCCGGGACGACGACGACGGGGUGCGGUGUCUUCUGCGCAACACCUCCCUUCUCCCCACUCCGACCCUAACCCCGACACAGAUCCAGACGCAGACGGUGAAGGUGAUGCAGAUGUAGACGCGGAAUUGAGAGAAGCAGCUGAUGCUGCUGCUGACCACCGCAGUUCGUCUUCGAACGGCAUGAAAGAGGAGGACAUAGAAGUUGGCGAGUAAGCACAUGUCCAUAACAGCGGAGGCCGAGAGAACUCGAAACAAUUCGUGAAUGCUCGACGGCGAGAGGAUGAAUGCUGAUCUAUUCAUGCGUGGCUUUUUUGGUUCAAUGCUUCCUUGAUCGGCGGCGCCUCCUCACUCCGUGGACUCCGCUGCCUUUGCUAUCUCGCUGUGGGCUCUCGCUAUUGAUUAUCGUCUCAUCCAAUCUCUUCACAUCUAAUGCAAACAAUCGAAUCGGAUUACCCUACAAUUCCAAUUUUACGUUUUCCUCUCAUGAUCGUCUCGCUGUCUGCUUGCUGUGUAUCUUUUGUUUUGGUGCUCCGUUUUUCUUUUUCAUCUUUCGUUUUUCGUUCGUGCGGUUUAUCGUUUCGUGCUAUCUGUAUCAAUUAAACCAGACCGUGUGGAGUUGAUCAGUCCGCGUCAAGGCGACC